CUACGUCUAUCCCAGUAAACGGGUGUUUUGUUGAGUCAGCGGCGUGCACGCUAACAGCAGCUGUGCGGGUGAUCGAGCAGACGACGGGCACUAGUUUUGACGGCUGCCCAGGACGCUGUUUCCGAACAAGGACAAAACAUGUCUCUCAGACUGUGUGUGAAGUUAGCAAGGAGUUCAGUCACUCUGCUUCGAUCACAAGGUGGCAUCAACAAGGAAAUAGUGCAGUUAUGUCGCAGCUUGAGUACAUCCCAUCCACAUACAACAGAGAAGAAGCUGUUCACACCAGGCCCUCUGGGCACCUCGCUCACUGUCAGACAAGCCAUGCUGCAGGACCUAGGCUCUCGGGACAUCAAGUUUAUCAAUGUUAUCAAGAAGAUCCGAGCUGACCUGCUGAGCAUAGCAGAGGUUGAUCCAGCAGACUUCACGUCGAUCUUACUUCAAGGUAGUGGGACAUUUGCUGUGGAGUCCAUCUUCCAGACAACUGUACCCCGCACAGGGGGCAAGGUGCUGAUACUGGAGAAUGGUGUGUAUGGGCGCAGGAUGAAGACGAUCUGUGACACCCUGGCCAUACCAGCUCACAUGGAGAGCUUUGCUGAAGACAAUAGGGUGGACCUUGGUUGUGUAGAGAGGGUCCUAAAGGCAGACAACUCCUUUACACAUGUGGCAGUUGUGCAGUGUGAAACAACCUCUGGAUUGUUCAAUGAUGUUGAGAGUGUUGGGAAACUUGUAAAGAAACACAUUCCAAACUGCACCUACUUUGUGGAUGCGAUGAGCAGUUUCGGGGCAGUUCCAGUUGACUUCAGCGCAGGCAACAUUGAUGUCUUGGUCAGCUCUGCUAACAAGUGUCUCCAGGGGGUUCCUGGCUUUGGGUUUGCAAUCAUCAGGAAGGACGUGCUCAGUCGGUGCAAGGGCAACUCUAGGAGUCUCAGUCUGGACUUGUAUGACCAGUGUGAUGCUCUGGACAAAACCAGUCAGUUCCGCUUUACUCCGGCCACACAUGCUAUGCUGGCAUUCAGUCAGGCCUUAGAUGAGUUCCGACAAGAAGGAGGAGUCCACGGACGGCCUUGGCAGAGAUACAUGGAGAACUGCAGAGUCCUUAAUGAAGGCAUGACACGCCUGGGCUUCCACUCAUAUUUGAAGGCAGAUGUUGCAGGCUAUAUCAUCACCUCCUACUUCUACCCACAACAUCCAAACUUCUCCUUCGCAGAGUUCUACAACCGGCUGAAUGACAAAAAUGAUGUAAUAUAUCCAGGGAAGUUGCUCAAAGCUGAUUGUUUUCGAAUUGGGACAAUCGGCCAUCUGUUUCCAGAAGAUGUUGAACGACUGUUAAGGAAUAUCGAAUCUGUGUGUAGGGAUAUGGGCAUGCAAGUACCCUUGGAGGACAAGGCGUUGCCUUGACAACCAUGUACUGGCAUCGUGUGUGUAACUGUUGAUAUUGUCUGUAGGGGAUGUAUAUGUGUGGACAUAUCCAAACAGACAUUCAGUGAUUUCACGAACUUUUUCUAUGUCUCUUUGUAUGAACAGUGGCCCAUCAGUGCGUGUGUGUCUUUGUUAUAACAGCUCUCAUUCAGUAAGAAAGGAUGUGUUCUGUGGGUCUUCUAAACGAGGUGACCUGUGAAGGUCCGUGUUAGAGUGAGUGAGUUUAAUUUUACGCCACUUUUAGCAAUAUUCCAGCAAUAUCACGGCGGGGUACAGCAGAAAUGGGCUUCACACAUUGUAC